GGCUACGGGAAGGAGCGGGACUCCGGGCGAUGGCGGCGUCCGGCGCGCUGCUGGUGAUGGGCGUGAGCGGCUCGGGGAAGUGAGAAAACUGAGAUUUAGAGGACAAGGUGACUUACACAGGAGGACACAGUCAUUUAGUGGCAGCAUGGAGACCGUAGCCAGACCUCAGUUUCUAGGACCCAAGCCCUCUUCACUGACCGUGCAGCCUGUUAGGGUCUGAACAGAUCCACCGUCGGCGCCCUGCUGGCAUCCCAGCUAGGAUGGAAAUUCUACGAUGCAGAUGACUAUCACCCAGAGGAAAAUCGAAUGAAGAUGGGAAAAGGGAUACCUCUGAAUGACCAGGACAGGAUUCCAUGGCUCUGCAACUUGCAUGGCAUUUUACAAAGAGAUGUAGCCUCUGGACAGCAUGUAAUUCUUGCCUGUUCAGCUCUGAAGAAAGUAUACAGAGACAUCUUAAUACAAGGAAAAGAUGGUGCACCUCUGAAGUGUGAUGAGUCAGGAAAGGAAGAAAAGCUGGCUGAAGUGAAGCUCCUUGUGGUCCAUCUGACUGGGUCGUUCGAGGUCAUCUCUGGACGCUUACUCAAAAGAAAAGGGCAUUUUAUGUCCCCUGAGUUACUGCAGUCCCAGUUUGAUACUCUGGAGCCCCCAUCAGCUCCAGAAAAUUUCAUCCAAAUCAGUGUGGACAAAAAUCUUUCAGAGAUAAUUGCUACAAUUAUGGAAACUCUAAAAUGAAGUGAGAAGCAUUUAUAUCAGUGGUCCAGAACACAACUGGGCAUAACUCUGUCUCCCAUCCCAAACCGUGUUCCAGUAUCCUUGUUGAUACUGUAUUCUAGAUUCUUCUUAAGGUGAAUAAACCAUAAUGUAUUGAGA